AUGUUAAACGCAUACGUGAGGGCGAAAAACUACUAUGCCGAUAAGCACGAUGACAAGCAGCUAGACUGUCAAUUCUGUGGGCAGCAUCUCAGCAGACCUCAGAUUCAGCGGAUACACGAAAAGUCACAUACGCAUCAAGUUUUGUGCCCAAGACUAUGGUGUACUCAGCGAUUUGAAACGUGGGAUGAGGCACUGGAGCAUGGCCUCGGCGAAGAGCACGAUUUCACGGAAACUCUGCUCUACACAUGCCCUCUGGAAAACUGCAGAAUCACAGUCACAAAACGACCAAUGACAAGGCAUGCCAUGAAAGCCCAUUGGAACACCCAUGUAGCCUAUGGACAUGUGGCCCCAGAUAUAGAGCUUCAGGAGGUUCUCGCCGAGCCGUUGCCGUUUAAACCAUUUCCUCUGCUAACACGAAUUCACGAGUACUGUUCAGAAAUAGUCAUGGGACAGAAUGCCACAUCAAAUCGACCCAUGGAUGCACCCACAGAGGGUCUUCACUCUCCUGCUGAAGAUGAGGCUGAUGAUGAUGGUCUUGAGGAAGAGGACGUGGCAAACCUUGAAGAGGACAGCGGUACAAGCUACAUGCAAGAUUACGAUAACCUGUUCUCCGAGGAACACCACUCGCUUAUUCUAAGGGAACGAAAGCUAUUGGGAGAUUGGAGGCAUCGGGGAAUGCCUGCCCCCUCCAAGACACUACAUCCCACUCAUUUAAUUCUUCCGCCUGAUAGUCGGCCAAUUCGAAUCGGAAAAGAGAUGAGAUGA